AUGCUUACAAGUACAUCAUCUAUUGAACAAUCAUCAUCAAUAACACCAAUGAGUAAAUUAUCAUUUCCUAACACAUCAAAUUCAUUUAUGUCAUCACAAGCAACAACAAGUACAAAUGCGAAUUCAAAUUCAAUAGGAACUAAUAGUGGAAGAUAUUCACCAAGUAAUUUUUAUCGAGCUGCAGCUGUAGCUGCUGUUACAAGUGACCCAAAUAAUCGACGAUAUAUGCCAAGUACACCGUGGUCAAAAUCUAAUUGUUUUGGUGAUAGUUUUAAAUUUGAACCCAAUAGUUUAUUUUGUCCAACAAUUGAUGAUAAUUUUUUCCGUCAAGCUGAAGCUCUUACAAAACCUGAAUCAUCAUCACUUUAUUAUCCAUCACCUUUUGCUUGUUCAUCAGGCACAGCUACUGUUUCCUCUUCUUCGUCAUCAUCAUCAUCAGCAGCCGUUUAUCCAGGCUCAUCAUCAAUAGAAUCUCAUCUUCCUUCUGAUCAUAAUCAACAUAAUCAUCAUCCUCAAUUAAAUUCUGAUUUACAUCCAUUUUAUCAACAUCAAUAUGCUGCUGUAGCUCAUCAUCAUGCUGCAGCUGCUGCUGGUGUUUUACCCGGUAUGGUUGUUGGCAUGCAUCAUCAUUCAGUUCAUCAUCAUGGUGUUGUCGGUGGUCUUUUACCAGCACAUGAACUUGAUAUUGAUCCACGUGAACUUGAAUCAUUUGCUGAACGUUUUAAACAACGUCGAAUUAAAUUAGGUGUUACACAAGCUGAUGUUGGACAACAAUUAUCAAAAUUAAAAAUGCCUGGUGUUGGUUCUUUAUCACAAUCAACAAUAUGUCGAUUUGAAUCACUUACAUUAUCACAUAAUAAUAUGGUUGCAUUAAAACCAGUUCUUCAAGCUUGGUUAGAAUUUGCUGAGGCAGAAAUGAGACAAAGAAAAAAAGAUGAAAUGAAUGGUUCAAUUGGUAGUUCAAGUGGACAUGGAAGUUCAAAUGGAAGUUUAGCUGAUAAAAAACGAAAACGAACAUCAAUUGCAGCACAAGAAAAACGUUUUCUUGAGUCAUGUUUUAUUCAACAACAAAGACCGAGUGGUGAACGUAUUGCACAAAUAGCCGAUAAACUUGAUUUAAAGAAGAAUGUUGUGCGUGUUUGGUUUUGUAAUCAACGACAAAAGAAUAAACGUUUAAGAUUUGCUGCUGGACAAUCAGCAUAA